AUGUAUGCUAAUUUAGCUUGGAGAAAGGCAGCUUUUUUUGAAGAAAAUUUAGUUUCAUUGUCAGAUGAUGAAGAACAAAUAGGAAAUUUUUUAUGUUCACUAGAUAUUGUUUCAAUAAAAACUUUAGUAGAUCAUACAUUCUUUGCUGUAAAUGGAGGAGUAAUAUUUGUUUUAGAUAAAAAAUUAAAGAUUGAUCAUAUUAAUGCAUUUGAUGAAGAACUUAUUUAUUUUGAUGUUGUUAAUAAAGGUUUUGCUGCUUUAGGUAAAGAUAAAGAUGGAGAAUAUUGUAUUAAAAUAUUUUUUAUCGAAAAAAAAGAAGAUGCAAUAUUAGGAACAUUAAAAAAUACAAUUAAAUUACCAAAAAUUAAAGUUGAUACUCAAGUAAAGCCAAAAUUUAUAACUAUUGAUGAAUUGUUUCGUUAUGUUAUCAUUAGUUUUUCAAAUGGUUCUGUUUAUUAUACUAAAAGUGACUUAGCAAAAACUCGUCAUCGAUAUGAAUGGUUUCAUGUUGAUAUGAAACAAGAAAAUACAUCAUCUGACGCUAUAACAGGAAUAAAAAUUGUAAUUGUUAAUAAUAAUUUAUUAAAUCCAAUUUUAUAUAUUAUGUCAAAAAGUAUUGUCCUUGUUUAUGAUAUAAGAAGAGAUUCAUUUGAUAGUUACAUUGAUAAUGAAGAUUAUGAAAUGGUUCAAGUUUGGGAUUUUAAUCCAUCUUUAAAUUCAAUUGCUUUUGCAUCAAAAGAUAUUGUACAAAAAAUUUCUGUCAAUUCUAAUCAUAUGUGUGCAUCAAUUAAAUAUGAUAAUAUUCAUAAAGGUAUUGAUAAAAUACAAAUAAUUCAUGUUGGCAAAAGUAUUGCUGUUUUAUGGAAAUCAUCACAUAGUUUAAUUAAUCUUACAAUUUAUGAUACUGAAUGUAAUAUUAAUACAUAUCAUCAUCGUCAAUUACCCUUAAAAUCUUUUAUUUUUACAAUUAGUGGAAUUUUAUAUCUUGUAACUAGUGAUGGAAAUUUAAUUAGUUUAAUUGAAAGUACAACUGAACAAAAAAUGGAUUUACUUUUAGUUAAAAAUAUGUUUGAUGUUGCUAUUCAACUUGGUGAAGCUAAUGGAAUGUCAUUAUCACAUGUACAUAAAAAAUAUGCAAUUUAUUUAUUGGCUAAGAAUGACUACGAUAAUGCUCUUAAGCAUUUUAAAAAAGCAAUUGGAGAUGUUGAGACAUCAUUUGUCAUUAAAAGUUAUUUAGAAGGUUCAAAACUAAUGUUACUUCGUGAAUAUCUUGAACAUUUAGUUUCAUGUAAAUGUUCAAAUGAUGAUCAUAUAACAUUGAUUGUAAAUAUUUGUAUAAAACUUCAAGAUAUGAAAUGGUUAAUAGAAUUUUUUAAAAGUCAACAUCCAUCAGAAUUUAACAUUGAUAAAGGAAUGUUUUUAUUAAGAAAAAAUAAAUUAUUUGAUGCUGCAGUCAUUAUUGCUCUAGAGUACCAAUCAUAUUUAUGGUUUGCACAAAUUGUAAUUGAGGAUCAAAAAAAUUCAAAACUUCUUGUAAAUUUUAUGAUUAAACGAGAUAUUGAUCAAGAUACUUUUGACAAAAUAUUAAAAAUAUAUAGUACAUUAUUAUUACAAGAAGUAACACAAGAUUUUUUAACAUUAAUUAGAGUUAAAAGAACUAAUAUAAGUGAUGAAUUAUUAUCUAUUAUAUUAGCAAAUUCAACAACUGUAGAUGAAGAUAAAUAUGAUAAAUUAAUUCAAUUGUGUAAAGAAGAAAAUAUUGUAUCACCAGCAAUAAAAAAUAUUAUUUUAAGGCAUGUUAUACAAAAUUAUGAUGGUGAAAAGUAUAAUAAAACAGAUUUAGUAGAUUUAAUUGAUGAUAAAAAUGCCUCACAAGCCAUACACUAUGCUCAAAUUUUUAACAUACCCGAGGUUCUUGGUUUUUGUUAUGGAUUCUUUAAUUAUUAUGAAGCAAAGUUGUCUGUUGCAAUGGAAAAUCAAAAUUUCCCAGAAAUUGUUGAAUGUUGUAGAAAAAUUAAUACAAGUAGUGCUUGGCAACAAGCAGUAAAUUAUUUAGUUAAUGCUCCAUUAUCUGAUGACGUUUUAAAUGAGGGAUUAAAAGUAAUUUUUGAAAAUAAUGGAUUACAUCCUUAUUUGGUUAUGAAUAUUUUAAGUAAAAAUAGUUCUAAAAAAUUUAAAGCUGUAAAACCAUAUUUAGUAGAUAUUUUAAAAAAUUAUGAUAAAAAAAUAAUAACAAUAAAAAAUGAUAUGUUAGAAUAUCAGGAACAAUUAGAAAAUACAAUUAAAGAAAUGGAUCAACUAAAUACAAAAAUUCAUGUUUUUGAUAAAAAUAAAUGUCUUCUUUGUGAUCAAAAAUUAACAUUACCAAUAAUUAGCUUUAUUUGUAAACAUUCUUUUCAUUCUCAAUGUGUUGUAAGUUAUAGUAUUAAUGAAAAUUCAUGUCCCAGGUGUGAUAAUAAAAGAGAAUUAAUUAAGGAACCUCUACCAAUGGUUGAUAAAGAAUUUUCUUACAACAUCUUAAAAAAACAAAUUAAUGAAGGUGAUAAUAUUAUUGAUGUUUUAGCAGAACAGAUUAAAAAUGGAUUGUUUCGUUAG